AUGCAGUGGUCUUAUGACACAAGAUGCAAUAGUGUGCCAACUAUUCUGUUAAUGAUGCAGGAGAGAUUAUAUGCAUUGGGUGGUCUAAAGGCUGAAGGGAUUUUCCGGAUAAAUCCAGAAAAUGGAAAAGAGGAGUAUGUAAAGGCCCAGCUCAGGCGAGGCAUUGUGCCCCAAAACAUUGACGUUCACUGCUUGGCUGGCUUGAUCAAAGCCUGGUUUCGUGAGCUGCCGAGUGGCGUUCUUGAUGGGCUUUCGCCUGAACAAGUGUUGCAAUGCAAUAAGGAAGAGGAGUUUGUCGGGCUCAUCAAGCAGCUAAAGCCAACCGAGAGUUGCCUGCUCGAAUGGGCUAUUGAUCUCAUGGCUGAUGUUGCCGAGCAAGAGGAGUCCAACAAAAUGAAUGCGAGAAAUAUUGCUAUGGUUUUUGCGCCCAACAUGACUAAGAUGUCAGAUCCGCUUACCGCUCUCAUGCACGCUGUUCAAGUAAUGAACUUACUGAAGACCCUAAUCUUGAAAAAGCUUCGCGAACGUAAGGAGGCAGCAGCCACCACAAAAUCCAAACCACUAUCAUCCUCUCAUUCCACUGCUCGACAACUGAUGGAUUCAAAUUCAAGCUGUGAGUCAACCGGUGGUCAAGCUUCGGAAAACGAUGACGAGGAUGAAGUCGAAGUCGAGUCACUCACGAGUGAAAUCGAAGACCGUUUCGUUAGACCGUCUGACGAGAACGAAAACCCCAGAAAAGACGACUUCCGAAAACAACUGGAGAGAAUAUUGUGCAACAGAGAAAACGCAAGCCCAAUAAGAAAUCAGAAUAGGCCGGGUUUUUAUGCAGAUUCUUGUGUCUCGUUUUCAGAAAGUAGGGUCGGGAGCUCGUGCAUUAGCACUAGCGAUGAUGACGAGGCAAGGUUGAGCUCGAUUGCUUUUAGGUCUAGAGAUGGAUGCAAAAAGAGAAGUCGACAUGGAAGUAGGGAUAAUCAGUAUCUAUUGACAAACAAUGUGUUUAGUCAGUAUUCGCCGAUUUAG